CUCAAGCACCAAGAGUAGCAAUUAUCUAGCUUGCUAGGCAACGAUGGGGCACACAAAGGCAGCAGUGCUAGUGGUGGUGCUCGCCGUCGCUGUGCUUGGGCUUGCCACCGAUGGCCAGGCGCAGCUGCAGAACGGGUUCUACACGGGCAAGUGCCGCGGCAACGACGUGGAGGCGGUGGUCCGGGGUAUCGUCAAGGCCCGCUUCUCCCAGGACAACGCCAUCGUCGCCCACCUCCUACGCUUGCUGUUCCACGAAUGCGGCGUCAAUGGCUGCGACGGCGGGCUGCUGAUCGACGGCCCCGGCACAGAAAAGACGGCAAACCCGAACCUGAGCGUGAAGGGCUACGACCUCAUCGCCACCAUCAAGAUGGAACUCGAGAAGCGGUGCCCGGGCGUCGUAUCCUGCUCCGACAUCGAGAUCCUCGCAACCAGGGACGCGGUGAAUGCGUCCACGGGACAAGGAUACGCGGUGCGCACCGGGCGCAGGGACCGCCGGCGGUCCAUAGCCACCGACGUGAAACUUCCGGGGCCAGAUUUCACGGUUCCGCAGGCAGCCGCUUUCUUCCGCACGCUCGGUCUCAGCUCGGACGACAUGGUCGUUCUGCUGGGCGCACACACGGUUGGCGUCACGCACUGCGGCAUGAUCAAGAAGAGCCGUCUUUAUAGCUAUGGCGGCAAGGCCGGUGCAACGGACCCGAGCAUGGACCCGGAGCUAGCGUCCACCUACAAGACAUAUGUGUGCCCCAACACGGCGUCCUCCGACAACAACAUCGUGUUCCUAGACGACCGGGCCAGCGCGUCCAAGCUGGACAACAGCUUCUACAAGAUGCUGCAGCGCCGCCGCGGCGCGCUCAUGGUCGACCAGAACCUCUACACCGACGGCUCCACGCGCUGGAUGGUCGACAGGCUCGCCAACACUGACCACUUCCGCUGGCUCUUCCCGCAGGCUCUCGCCAAGCUGGGGGAGGUCAACGUGCUUACCGGCACACAGGGAGAGGUCCGCAGGGUCUGCAGCAGGUUCAACUGAUCAGAUCAUCAUCAUUUUCUGAGGUGACAUCAAUUAAUGGUGUGCCUGUUGUGUUUAUUUCCGGUCGGAUUGGUGGUAAUUUUUUCUUCCUUUUUUGGUUUUGGUCGGAUUCAUCUCGAUGUGCUCUGUUGUGACCGCACGUUCAAUUCAUUUAAUUUGAGUUCCAUUGAAUAAUUUCUAAUAACAUGAACGAUUGAGAUCAACAGCAACAUAAUUGAUAUUAUGCAUAUAUACUCCCUCCGUACCGAAAUAUAUAUCGCUGGAGAAGUUGAACUACAGUUGCUUCAACGACAUAUAUUGUAUAGAGGAAGUACAUUUUAGUCGCAUAGUACAUUAUAUUUCUGCUUCACGAAUAUGAUAUAUUUUGGACAUUUCUAAUAAUAGCAAGCCUUAUUCCUAUUUUGGCAUUUUCGAUUUCAGGGCUUUUUGCCCCGGUUAGUGAAGGACCAGAGAAGCUUUCUAGUUAUGAAUCGGGUAUGGAACCCAUGGGAGGGGCUUGGGUAAAAUUCCAAAUACGCUAUUAUAUG